AUGUCUUCCCUAUUAACCCCCCAGGUUCAGAAUGCCGAAGUCUCUGGCGAGCACGAAAACUAUCUUGUCAGCCUAGAGGAUUAUGGGCUCCAUCACCUCCAACAGCCGUCCACAGAACAGAAGCUUACGCCACUAGAUAUGAAUAUGCCGAGACUCUAUGGCAUCCGCUUAAUUCUUUGCUAUCCGCUGGCCUCUUCUGUAGAUAAGUUACAGAUAUAUGAGCACCUGAAGGAGGGAUUAGCCCAUACCAUCGUUUCUUUACCAUGGAUCACUGGCAUCAUCGGCCCUGAACAUGGACAGGAUCCCAAGCUCAGAAAGGUCCAAAUUCUUAGCUCUCCCAGUGGAUUCGAGUUCCCAUACAAAGAUCUUACCAAGACUCUUCCAUCGUACGCAGAGUUAAAAGAAAGAGCAUUUCCACUCUCCGAAUUCUCCACCGCUCACCUCGGUCCGAUUGAGGUAAUGCCACGUGGAGAUCACCAGCCAGUGUUUGCGGCUCAGGCCAACUUCGUCAACGGAGGUCUCUUGCUCUCGGUGGGAGUUCAUCACUCUGCGUGUGAUGCUUCGGCCUUACAUGCUAUUAUGGGCACCUGGGCUGAAAAUGCUGCGGUAGUUAGCGGUAAUUCUCGCGGUUUUUCCAGCUUUGAUGUACCCUCCAACGAUCGCAGCCCUUUGAUGCAGGGGGAGCUCGGGAGUGGCACUGACAUUAGUGCUUUUCCUGAGUAUGCCUUGAGGCCUACCCCCCAUCCGGCAGACGGCGAUGUUGAAGGAAUGCAAUCUUUCGAGAUGCCUCCCCUCUCAAGCAACCUUUUCCACUUCUCGUCAGAGUCUCUUGUAAAGCUCAAAGCGGAUGCGAUGGCAUUUUCCAGCCAUGAUGCACUCUGCGCAUUCAUAUGGCAACGUAUGACUUUGGCACGAAUACGCUCUGGAGUCUUCACCGACCCCCCAAGUAAUGCUGAGACAAGCCGCCUUGCCUUUGCAGUGAACAUUCGCAGCCGAGUGAGCCCACCACUACCACCUUCUUACAUGGGUAAUGCAUCCAUGGCCUGUGUUACUCGGAGAACUGAAGUAGCUUCGCUCACAUCGAGCGACGGGCUCCGUCAAGCUGCAGCCGCAGUGCGAAGAUCUUUGGCCGAAUUCAAUAGCCCCAGCAGGAUCGCUUCGACGAUCGGGCUGCUGAUGUCUCGUCCAGAUCCUACCGACUUCAAGUUGGACUUUCAUGCUUUCCUCGGCCCUGACGUUGUUGAAACCUCGUGGGCCGACCUUGACGUUUACCGACUUCGAUGGGGCAGUGCUAUCGGCCCUCUGGAUACUGUCAGAAUGCCAGGCGAGGGCUCUGAUGGUACUGUCAUGGUAAUGCCUCGACUCGAAGACGGUGGUUUAGAUGUUGUUGUUGGACUGUCAACGGUAGCAAUGGGAAAGCUUCUUGACGACAAAGAGUUCACCUCUGUUGUACAAUCUUGA